UUCUUACAUCUUUGGACAAUAGUUUGACAGCCUUGCCGCUGAAAUUGGCCAGUUUGGGUUCUCGUUCUUGCUCUGACCGCCGGCUUACGUCGUGUGCUAUUGCAUAUAUCAAACAAUACAAGUCACAAGCUUUGUAAACAAGGGCGCUCCUCAACGCGGACGGCGGGCGUAGGCGCAGCAGCACAGCAGCAUCUGGAAACUCAGCGUGGGCGGGGCGUCGCUGCGGGGUGCACAUUCCAGCAGAACCACCGCUUAGCUCACUAGCACAACAAAGAUGUCGUACCUGCUGCCCCACUUGCGCAGCGGCUAUGCGGUGGAUCAGGCCAUCCUGGCGGAGGAGGACCGUGUGGUCAUCAUCCGCUUCGGGCACGACUGGGAGCCCAACUGCAUGCAGAUGGACGAGGUGCUGGCUGGCGUGGCGGACCAGAUCAAGAACUUCGCGUGCACCUAUCUGGUGGACAUCUCCGAGGUGCCCGACUUCAACACCAUGUACGAGCUGUACGACCCGUGCACCAUCAUGUUCUUCUUCAGGAAUAAGCACAUUAUGAUUGAUCUGGGCACGGGUAACAACAACAAGAUCAACUGGCCCAUGACAGACAAGCAAGAGUUCAUCGACAUUGUGGAGGUGGUGUACCGCGGCGCGCGUAAGGGGCGAGGUCUGGUCGUGUCGCCAAAGGACUACUCGACCAAGUACCGCUACUGAGGCAGAGACGGCCCGUGGCGGGCGGCGGGGCGCCUCGCACGGUGCGAGGGUUUGGGUUGCGGCAGCGGGUGGCGGGCGGUCAGGUGCCUGGCGCGGUAUGCGGUCGAUUUGCGGUGCGGUAUAGACAGGGCUAUGGGUUGUGGAUUUGCUUUGGCGCAGGACGGAGCAGUUUUGGUGUGAUGUGAGUCAUACUAUGUGUGAGCCCGGGCACAGGCUACCAGCAGAGAAAGGGGCAGGAUGGGGGAGUGGCAGACGUGGAAAGGCGGGGCGGUUAGUCUGAGUGGUGCGAUGACUGGGCACUCCAACUUUGUCCAAAGUGCAGGCCGGCUUGUAACCCGGUAAGGUAUUGCAAUUUCCGUUCGAUUGGGAGCUGCAUGAACGGCAACGCGUUGCGGCGUUGGGGGCGACGACAUGCACAUGCCGCAAGGCAAGGUUUCGAAGCCCGGAACAGGAGCCCAGUGUCACAUAACAAGUAAUAUCUACGCGUGCUCAAUGCUACUUCGUGUGCGUGGUGUCUGUGGCGCUGAGCGUCUGUAACUUACUCCAAGC